AUGGCCGUUAACGUAAUCAACCACCAGCAUGUCAACUGCUACAACUCGGUGUAUGAAUGUGCCAUUGAUGUUGAGGAUCCAAACGGUUAUCACACGGGACGCUACUUUCCAGUGACAUUGGGGAAUGAGUUUAAGGGCGGACGUAAAUACUCCAAUGUGGCCCUAAAGAUUAUCAACGUGAACGAUAGCUCCCAGGAGUUCAGAGUUCUACACCACCUCCAACAAUCCAGCGUUGCCCAGGCAAAUGUUGGCCACCCAGGUCGUGCUUCAGUGCUCCAGCUCCUUGACCACUUUGAGCCCGCAACUCCAUACAUGGGUUUGAUAUUCCCGGUCAUGGGCAUGGACCUUCGUUCUCGGAUAGACGCCCAGCACGGACAACGCUUGCCAAAGCAGGUUGCGCUAAACGUCUGUUCCCGAGUAGCCCUCGGUUUGGACUACCUCUGGAAAUGCGGCAUUGCACAUGGAGAUUUAUAUUCUAAAAAUGUCCUCUACUCUGCCCCUGCUGUAUCUCAACUAUCAGAAGAUGAGAUUAUGCCUUACUUGGGGAAACCGGUGACUGGCAGGGUUCAAAUGACAGACGGUCAAAGCUCUUCGCCUUCGAUGCCGCCUUACUUGGUCCGACCAGUUUCAAUCCGCGGUGACGAUAUGGACAUUAGAAUUGCUGACUUGGGGAACGCAUUCUUUCACGAAAACCCACCAAGUCGCUUGUACACUCCUUGGCAUAUGCGUGCACCCGAGUCGGUCUAUGCCCAACCUCUGGAUAAGAAUGUCGAUAUGUGGAGCGUUGGCUGUUUAAUAUUCGAAAUUAUCACAGGAAGGACAUUCAUGGAUUCUUUCUUAGCAGACCGGAUGGACAUGAUCGUUGGCUUGAAACAAGUCCUUGGACAACCGCCAUCAAAGUUGCAUGACAGCUUGGAAAGCGAUGUUCGGAAUAUGCUUGAUAGCACCCCCGCCCGAGAUAUGGGAUUCUACCAAUAUCUUGAACUCAACUACAACCAGGAUGACGCUAAGCUUUUAGCUCUUGACGGCUAUGAAGACGAAGAAGAAAUUCCUAUCGAAGAAUCCGAGAAGCUGCCACCAGAGUUUACUGAGACAGACCUGAUGUCUUUGACAGAGAUUUUACUGGGACUGCUCAGUUACGAACCCCAAGAGAGAGGUACACUUGCCUCUCUACUUAGAACUCUUUCUCGCCUGGAUAAGUGA